AUGUCCGUCGAAGACUUAAAACAAGUUGUUACUAAAUUGCAAGACAGAAUCCAACAAUUGGAAAAGAAAGCUGGUAUUAUUCCAGAAGUUUCUGAAUCCGUUCGUAUGGUUUUAAUUGGUCCUCCAGGUGCUGGUAAAGGUACUCAAGCUCCAAACUUGAAAGAAAAAUUCUGUGCUUGUCAUUUGGCCACUGGUGAUAUGUUGAGAGCUCAAGUUGCUGCUAAGACUGCAUUGGGUGUUGAAGCUAAGAAAAUCAUGGAUCAAGGUGGUUUAGUUAGUGAUGAAAUCAUGGUUAACAUGAUUAAAUCUGAAUUGGAAAACAACAAAGAAUGUAAAAAUGGUUUCAUUUUGGAUGGUUUCCCAAGAACUAUUCCACAAGCUGAAAAAUUGGACUCUAUGUUGCAAGAAAGAAAGACUCCUUUACAAAAAGCUGUUGAAUUGAAAGUUGAUGAUGAUUUAUUGGUUGCUAGAAUCACUGGUAGAUUGGUCCACCCAGCUUCCGGUAGAUCUUACCACAAAUUAUUCAACCCACCAAAGAAAGAUAUGACUGAUGAUGUCACUGGUGAACCAUUGGUUCAAAGAUCUGAUGAUAACGAAGAUGCCUUGAAGAAAAGAUUGGUUACUUACCACAAACAAACUGAACCAAUUGUUGAAUACUACCAAAAGACUGGUAUCUGGUCUGGGGUUGAUGCUGCUCAAAAACCAACUAAAGUCUGGUCCGAUAUCUUGAAAUGUUUGGGUCAAAACUAA